AUGAGCAUAGCAGACAAACUAGAGCUCCCAGCAACUAUCAGAACAACACGACCCAUUAGCAUCAGCCUACGGGGACAGACAGGGCGUGACCAACUAGCACAAGUAGUGCAACACCGAGAGAAAGCGCUACUGCUCCUGACUUGGCAUCCCAACGACGCGCUUCCGCACACCGCCUCGCCGCCACCUUUGGCGCCGCGAGCCUCGUCGCUGCUGCCUGUGUCGCGCGUCUCGCCGCCGCCCCCCCCUCCCGUGCAGCGCGUGCGCCGUCGCGUUGCGAUCGGCGGCGCCGGGACGAGGAACAGCGAGCGGAUCGCCGCCAGGGACAGUGGCAAAUUUGUCUGUGCCGCGGAUAAAGCGACUCAGUUGAAGGCUCUGAAGAACAGCCUGUCGCUCUGCUCCAAACCUGUCCAGCUCCAUGUCACGAAGAAGAAGCUCCUGCAGAAGACAAAGAAGCCCAUCGGGAGCGAGGACCUUGCCAAGCUCUCUGACGCCAUUGGCCUCGGCGCUGCCACUGCCCGAGCGCUGGAUCGGGCGAUGGUGAUCGGAGACGCCACCACUCGUGCUCUGGAUCAGGUGCUCGACCGCCGCAAUGCGGCGAAUGGCCGCGAUGCCGCUGCGGCGCUUGUUGGGUCGCUCAAAGCGGUCCGUGGCGCGUCGAAGGCUUGGGCGCGGAGUAAGCGUGCACCACCGUCCCUCCACCUCAAUUGCAAGUUUGUGAUUUAUCUGUUUGACGUGCUCGAGGAGGCUCGUGUCCUAUCUGCAGGUGAGACCGUGCUGCGGCAGGCAUGCAGGGAUCGCUUGGCGAUCUCCCUGCGUGAACGGGCGGCGUACUGGAAACAGCGCGGUAAACACCGUGCGAUCCGAGAAGGGGACGCGAACACUGGCUUCUUCCACGCGCACGCCAGCCAGCGCCUGCGUCGUAACCAGAUCAGGGCUCUGGAGAUCGACGGCGUCGUCCUCUCGUCUCACAACGCCAAGACCAGAGCGCUCACCGCGCAUCUGCGCGCUCUGCUGGGCUGUUCGGUGCCCACGGACGCCCUCGACGUGGAAGCGUUGUACGCGGGGGCGACGCCGGUGAACCUGGAACGCCUGAUCAACCCCUUCACGGAGGCGGAAGCGAAGGCGGCGGUCCGGGCCAUGAACCGCAACAGCUCGUCUGGCCCGGAUGGUUUCGGGCCCAGUUUCUACACCGUGGCGUGGCCGGUGGUGGCGGGCGCCGUGAUGAACUUCGCGGCGGAAUUCCACCAGGGCACGGCGGCCCUGGAGCGGCUGAACCGUUCCUACAUCGUCAUGCUGCCGAAGCAUGGCGCGGCCCUCCGCCCCCGCGACUACCGGCCUAUCUGCUUGCAGAACUGCUCCCUGAAGAUUGCGUCCAAAAUGCUCACGACGCGGCUUCAGCAGGAGAUCCCCAAGCUGAUCGAUGUGGAUCAGACUGGCUUCAUCCGCGGCCGUGCCAUCUCCGAGAACUUCAUCUACGCCAUGGAACUGAUCCAGUGCUGCAACCAGCGGAAGCUGCCGACCCUGGUAUUGAAACUGGAUUUUGCUAAGGCCUUCGAUUCUGUGGAUUGGGGCUGCCUAGCGGCGGUCAUGCUGGCGCGUGGCUUCCCGCAGAAAUGGUGCCAGUGGAUCGCCGACAUCCUCGCUACUACCAAGCUCGCUGUUCUUGUCAAUGGGUCUCCGGGCCCGUGGUUUGGCUGCAAACGGGGGCUCCGCCAGGGGGACCCCCUUUCCCCCUACCUAUUCCUCCUGGUGGCCGACGUUCUCCAGCAGAUGAUCAAGCUGCAGGCCGGCAUCCGUCACCCAGCAGCGCCGGACUUGCGGUGCCCCGUUCUGCAGUAUGCAGACGACACACUGAUUCUUGUCCGGGCGGAGCGGCAAGAUGUGGAAAAUCUUAAAACUGUUCUUGACCAGUUCUCCGCCGCUACCGGGCUCAAAAUCAACUACGACAAAAGUACCAUGGUCCCUAUGCAUACCACGGCGACGACGGUGGGCGCCCUGCAAAGGAUCCUCGGCUGCCAGAUUGGGAGUUUCCCUCAAACCUAUCUUAGACUUCCUCUGUCGGACACCAAGCUGCGCUUGACGGCGUUCGCUCCCCUGAUCAGUAAAUCAGACAAGUAUCUUGGGGGAUGGCAGGCGACCUUGCUGAACGCCAUGGGCAGGGCGGUGCUGGUGAACUCCGUGCUGGACAGCCAGUUGAUCUAUGCAAUGUCAGUGUUGCAGCUGCCGCAAGGGACACUGGACGCCCUGGAUCGUCGCCGGCGCGCGUUCCUCUGGUCGGGAGAUGAGCAAGAGCAGGGCGGCAUGGGGAUUAAGGACAUCGCGGCGGGAAACAAAUGUCUGCUGCUCAAGCUCCUACACCGGCUGUACAACCCCGGCGACUCUGCGUGGGCUCGGUGGGUGCGGGAGCGCGUCGACUUGGCGACAUUGACCGGCGAUGUCGCCGGCCCGCACUGGAGGGGCCUGGCGGAACUACUACCUCUGUACCGUGCCAUCACUUCAUGCAUGGUCGGAGACGGGGCCUCAACCUGCUUCUGGGAAGAUCGAUGGCUGGAUUGCGGGAGGUUGAAGGAGAUGUUUCCCCUACUACACAGCCAUGCCAUCAGCUCGGAGGUGUCGGUGGCAUGUGUGCUACGUGAUGGCGUCCGGGCGCACCUCAUGCCGCGCCUGACCGCCGGCGCGUGGGAGGAGCUUGCCAAGCUCUCCCCGCUCCUUGAUGAUGUACUGCUCUCCGAGGAGGACGACCGGCGAACCUCGCCGCUCUCCGGGCCGGAGAACGUGCUGCGCGCCGGCCCCGUCUACAAGAUGCUGAUGAAGACGACAGGUGCCCCUCUGUGUGCGUUCUCCACCUUUGUCUGGCAAAACCGCGCGCCGCCGCGGAUUCAAUUCUUCGCUUGGCUCCUUGUUCAAGAAAAGAUCCAGUGCAAGACGAACCUCCUGCUGAAGAACAUCGUCGACAAUGCGCGAUGCGAGCUAUGCAACCAAGGGGAUGAAACCUGCGACCACAUCAUCUUCACCUGCCCUACUGCUGCAGAGGUCUGGUCCGCACUUGGGGUGAACACAGGCGGGUGCAGUGUGGCCCGGCUGUGGACUGUCCCUUGCCCGGCAACGCUGCCAGCCAAGCACUCCUCGGUUUACAUCCUCCUGGUGUGUUGGCAACUGUGGAAGCAGCGUAACAACCUUGUCUUCAAUGGUGUGCCGCCCUCCAUCUCGCGGUUCUGGUUCGUUUGCAAAGAAGAUGCGCAGCUGUGGUGCCAACGGUGGCCGGUGGCGGACCGUGUCUUAGCGGAUGUCUGGUGCUCCACGUUCUCUUCAAUGUAA